UUAAGAUGAUGAAGAUGAAAAGAAGUUGAUGUUGGAUUUUUGUUUGGUGUUGUUGCAGGAAACGUCCGAUUCGCCUCACGGCUUAGGCGGUAUUGCCAAUGCGGGCGGUGGUAGUGGGUCUGGUGGUGGUGGUGGCGGCGGCCUUGCUGGCUCCUCCUCCGCCACAACUGGUAACACUGCCUCUAGCUAUGUCCAUGAACAACCACAAACGCCACCACCUUACACCUGCGUUUAUUGUGGCGCGAGUUUUCCCAACCAAAAUAAACUAACGCGCCAUAUACUAUCGCACUCUCUUAAAACUCUGGAAUAUCGUGAAACCGCCACGCAUGCUCUUCUACACCCGCACCUCUUGGCCCAUGAUCUUAACAUGUCACCGCUGGCGUAUCAAAUGAAUGCAGCGAUGGCAAGUGCCAGCGGUGAUGCCCAAGAUCAGGCGGCAGCUGUGGCUGCAGCCGUUGCCAUGGAUAUGGAUUUCGCGGCAGCCAUAGCGGCGGCUGGCGGUUGUCCCUUUCCCUCGCUGGCUAGCUGUACGGCACGUGGUCUAGAUCUCGAUGGUAGUGGUGGUCUUGGUGGCAGUGGAGGCGGCGGCGUUGGUGGUGGCUCUAGUUCAUCUAGCCGAACAGGACGUGAUGGCGUUGGUGGUGGAAAUUCAUCAGCCUCGGGUAAUGGCGGUUGUCCCAGCAGCAGUUUGUCUUUAUUAAGUGGCGCUGGUUCGUCAACAUCGGCCGCUGCGGCGGCGGCAGCUGCUGCAGCAGCAGCCAGUUCGUCAGCAUCGUCCAAUGAUCCGAAUAGUGUUGUUUUGUGUAAGUUCUGUGGUAAAAGUUUUCCCGAUGUAACCUCACUGAUCACACAUUUGCCGAUACAUACAGGUGAUCGACCGUUCAAGUGUGAGUUUUGUGGUAAAGCGUUUAAAUUGCGUCAUCACAUGAAAGAUCAUUGUCGUGUACAUACAGGUGAACGUCCAUUUCGAUGUCAAAUGUGUGGUAAAACAUUUUCACGAUCGACAAUAUUGAAAGCCCACGAAAAAACACAUUUUCCCAAAUAUGCAAGAAAGUUUUUAUCACCCAGUCCGGUCGAUACAAAGGAUGAAUUGCCGCAAUAGUGAAACGAUUUUAGUUUAUUAUUAAAUUAUUAUUAUUACUAUUAUUAUUACUAUAACAAUAAUAACAACAACAACAAUAAUAAUAAUAAUAAUUUUAACAACUACAACCUUAAUAAUAAUAGUAAUAGUAACAACAGCAACAAUAACAACAACAACAACAAUAGCAGCAGCAGUAACAACAACAGCAACCACUACAACAAUAUAAACGAUAAUAAUCUACAGCAACAUUAUUAUUGAAAAAUAACAAUUUAUAAAACAAAAAACGAUCCAAAAAAAGAAAAACAAUAGAAAUAAUUUUGAACAAGAAUUAGGAAACUACUAUUAAAUAUAUAUAUCUACAAAAACCAUACAUAUUUAUAGAGAUAUAUACCUUUAAA